GCGUCUUUCUGUGCGCUUUUCCUGCAGGUGGACAUGCUGGAUCCGCGCGUAAUUACGCACUAAAACCUGGAUUAAAACAAACUUUUCACCCUUUUUCCCCUCACAUUCAACAAAGAGAUGUUGGCGAGAAAGAGCAUCAUCCCGGAGGAGUUUGGACUCCCGGGGCUCGCCUCUCGGAUGCCCAGAAAACCGGUGUUCAGGGACCGGGUAAACAAGGCGCGCUUCAUCGCCAAAAACGGAUCGUGUAACUUGGCGCACAAGAACAUCCGGGAGCAGGGGAGAUUCCUGCAGGACGUGUUCACCACGCUGGUGGACCUGAAGUGGCGGUUCACGCUGGUCAUCUUCAGCACCACCUUCGUCAGCAGCUGGCUGCUCUUCGCCAUGAGUUGGUGGCUCGUGGCGUUUGCGCACGGGGACCUGGACCCGGUGCGGCACAACGGCACGCACUGCGUCACCGACGUCAAGUCCUUCACCUCGGCCUUCCUGUUCUCCAUCGAGGUUCAGGUGACUAUCGGCUUCGGGGGACGGAUGAUAACGGAGCACUGUCCGACCGCCAUCACCGUCCUCAUCAUGCAGAACAUCGUGGGGCUCAUCAUCAACGCUGUCAUGCUCGGGUGUAUCUUCAUGAAGACGGCUCAGUCGAAUCGCAGAGCGGAGACUCUGAUCUUCAGCCGCCACGCCGUCAUCGCCGUCAGAAACAACUGUCUGUGUUUCAUGAUCCGCAUCGGAGACCUGAGGAAGAGCAUGAUCAUCGGAGCCACCGUCCGGCUGCAGGUGGUGAGGAAGACGACGACCCCCGAGGGCGAGGUGAUCCCGAUCCAUCAGAUCGAUGUCCAGACGGAGACGGUCGUCGCUAACAACAACCUCUUCCUGUUAGCCCCGCUCGUCAUCUGCCACGUCAUCGACAAACACAGCCCUCUGUACGACCUGUCGGCGAUGGAGCUCCAGUGCAGCGACCUGGAGGUGAUCGUGAUCCUUGAAGGAGUCGUAGAGACGACCGGCAUCACGACUCAGGCCAGGACCUCCUACAUCUCCGAGGAGAUCCAGUGGGGACACCGCUUCGGUCCCAUAGUGACGGAGGAGGACGGCGUCUACUCCGUGGACUACUCCAAGUUUGGGAACACCGUCAAGGUGACGACGCCCCGCUGCAGCGCCAGAGAGCUGGACGAGAAGCCCUCCAUCUUGAUCCAGACGCUGCAGAAGAGCGAGCUGUCGCACCAGAACUCUCUGAGGAAGAGGAACUCCAUGCGGCGAAACAACUCCAUGCGUAAAGGCGCGGCAGCGGGGGGGAGCGGGGGGCUCCGGAGGAACAACUCCGGCAUCGCAUCCACUAAAGUGCAGUUCUUCAGCCCCGGAGACGGAGGCCAGAGCAUGAACGCCGUCACCUGACAUGAGGCCGGCCUCCUGCUCCUCCUGGUGGUGAGGAGGAUUCUGGGAAAUGGAGUUUCUCCUUCUCUAACGGGACUCGCUCUCCUCCUGUUCCCUGCCUUAUCUAAACUCGUCUCCUAACACUUGUAUUUCUUUUAUGUUUUUUUAGAAUAAUAUUUCAAAUCUUGCACUUAAUUUCCGUCUCCACAAUCCAAUCAUUUUGAUCUCUUUAUCGUUAUAAUUAAAGCAAUAAAUUACGAUCAUUGGUGCCAUUUUCUUACUGAUUUAAAUCACGGUUAACUACUAUUAGUGGAAGCUAAUGGCAAUAAAUCACCGUACUGUAAGUGUGUAUUUUCACUUUAAUUGUCUGUGUGUUGUUAAAUAAUAAAUGCACUUCUUCUUAACAUCA